UUAAGAGCUGUUGUUCACCAGCUGAGCUGCAACAACUAAUGCAGUUCAAUGCAACUCAUCCAUCUGCACGUGCACACGCUUAUCGCUUUUAAUUUCCUAUAAAACUGGUUUAUAUUCCCUUUUUCACCAGUGGAUCGUUAAGAUAUCAAUUUAUUGCAUGCAGAAAAGAGCUUGAUGUUCUUAAGCAUCGAUGCAUUGGGGAAAUUGAAGGUGAGACCCAUGGCAAAGUGGUUUAAAGAUCACCUGAGUUUUGGCAGUAGGAAAGGACCGCCACAGCCCCCGAAACCAGACUACACCGAAAGCGAGAUCCUACGGGCCUACAAAGUUCAGAAAGACCUGGACUUUGAAGACCCCUAUGAACCCUCUGAGAGCCGAUUGCAGAACGGGUCAGGGACGAUCGAAACGUUCCCCGCCUUUGGCACGGUGCUGUCCAAUGACGUGGAGGUGAAGAUUGUGUCUCCCAAACGCAGACUUGUAAAAGUGGAAUCUCAAGAAUUUGGGCGUAGCAGGAUUCCGUUGAACAUUGUGACCUUUGAGGAACCACAGACCCCUGUAGUUCCCUCGGCUCCUGUGGUUGGUGACACAGAUUACUCAGACCCGUUUGACGCCAGGCCAGAUCCGUGGCCCAGGACCGGCUGGGAACACAACGGUGUAGAAACCUGCAGUAGUUACAUGGAGCCAUUUGAGGCCCAGCGAUUCAUAAACGAGCUGCAGCACAGCACAGAUCGGGGCAGGAGCAGCCCACAGCUCUACGACAGCCCUUAUGAUGAGAGAGUUCAGCCCCAGGCAGCCCCUGAGGAUGAUGAGAAGGAGAGACGUCUGCCCCAGGAUGACGAGAGGCCUGCGGAUGAGUAUGACCAGCCCUGGGAGUGGAAGAAAGAGAAUAUCUCCAAAGCCUUUGCUGUGAAGUUUGAUGCGGGAGACUGGGAUCCAUCCACAUUGCCCCUUGACGAGCCACAGGGGAAAGCUGGAACAUCCAGAACAAGCCCUCCAUCCAGCGGGGCGACCAGCCUGCACAAGCACAGCAACCCUCACUCAGUCCUGGGUGAGAGGGUGGACCCCACACUGCCCCUCGAGAAACAGGUGUGGUACCAUGGUGCAUUGUCGCGCUCUGAAGCCGAGUCAUUGCUCACGCUGUGUAAGGAGUGCAGUUAUCUGGUGAGAAAAAGCCAAACCAGCCGAAAUGACUAUUCACUCUCUCUCAGGAGUUGUCAUGGAUUCAUGCACAUGAAGUUCUCACAAUCUCGUGAUGGGAAGUUCAUCCUGGGCGAGAACAGUCCUCCUUUUGACUCUAUUCCUGAAGUCAUUCAUUACUACACCACACACAAACUACCAAUCCGUGGAGCUGAACACCUGACGCUGCUCUUCCCUGUACUGGUGCAAACACUCUGAGAACACACACAUUUAUCGCAUGCUUACACACACACUUUCACUCAGGGCUUAACUCACAUGGCUACUAUAACGCUUUGUUUUCAGUCCAAUUUUGAAGUCUUAAGCAGAUCUAUGAGUGUGUUUGGAGUGGAAAUUAGAUUUUUUGGGGAGUUUGAACCCAAACUCGACGUGAAUCCUCAAAGAGCAAAGAUCAUGCUACACAUGUCCUGCAUCGGCUGAUAGAAGCGUAUUCUCUGCGCCGCUGGACUCUGAAGUGUUUUCGUAUCACACUGGGAACCGCAAUAUUAUAUAAUUUUUUUCUGCUCCAAAAGCGUCAAAUAAUAGAUUUAAGAUUUGAGGAUAAAAUGUAGACCAACCAAAGUAUUUAUAAAGAUUUUAGAAACACUAAAGCAAUGAUGUACAGAACAAAUAAUGUCCUAUGUGGCUAGUUAAGGCUUUCGUUUUAGAUUAAGCUCAUCUCUCCACAAAUUGAGAGACUUCAACCCAUUUACUCACCCGCAUGCUGUUCCAAACCCGUAUGACUUUCUUUCUUCAGUGGAACACUAAAUCCAAAAUGGGAUUUGAGAGCUGUGACAAAGGGGAGGUUAUCAUUGAAUAACUACAUACAUUUCAGUCUAGUCCUCACACAGAGUCAUACAGACCACCUGAAUGAUGCUCUCUUGACCGCCAUGGUCACCGUCCACUUUCAUUGCAUGGAAAAGAGCAGCAUCAGCAUUCUUCAAAAUUUCUCCUUUUGGAAGAUAGAAAGUUACACGGGUUUGAAACAACAUGACAGUGUCAUCCUUUUGGACAUCAAUGACAGAAUUGUCCUUUUUGGGCAAACUGUUCCUUUUAUUUCAGUUUAAAAUGUAGGCUGCUCUUUAGCAAGCUCUUAACAUCCCUGCGACAGGAAGUAGAGGCGAUGAAUCAGAGCUAUAUGACGGUAAGGAAGUCUAGACAUGAUACUGGAAUGUUCAGAAUGUGACUUUCACUUGUCCGGAUGGCCAUCUGUGCGCAUAGCUUUGUUUUGGUCCCUCUUUGCCACCCUUAAGUGAGAAACCAGGGCCACUGAGGAUGAUGGAAACAGGAAGUGUUGUCAUUCCACCAUCUUCUACACGCCUCAGUGCUUCAAACUUCUGACAUGACAGGAAACCGUCGUUACCGUGGCUUUUCGCUUCACUUAAGGCAGCUGUCACUUUACUUACCAUCAUUUUACUCUACCAGCUACUGUUUGGUGCCCUUGGGUCCCUGAUAUUUUUAAGGACUACUUAUCAAUGCUUCUUUAGAUAUCUAUAUGAACCAUCACUUGUGAGGUAUUUUAGUUUAACGUGACAUUUGAAAUGGGGUCCCUUUGACUGUCCCUCUGAAUUAAAAGCCACUUCUUGUAAAUGGAGAGAAAUCUCUAGUAUUUUCUUCUUAAAGGAACAGUUCACCCAAAAUUGGACAAUUCUGUCAUUUACUCAGCCUCAUGUUGUUCCAAACUCUGGGCUGUCAAGCUCCAAAAUGUGCCAUAAAUGUAGUUCAUUAUAGUCAAAUGCUAUAUUUCAAGCCUUCUGAAGUCAAAUGAAAGAUUUGUUUGAGCAACAGACUGAAAUUUAAGAGAUUACUCAUUAAAAAUCUCGCGUAUAGCCGGUGUCCGAGUACAGAAUUCUACUCAGUACUACGCAGACAACAACCAACAAUGUGUACAUGCCAUUUCUGAAUCUGGACGUAUACGCAGGCUAUUAGAUUUCUGUUCCUCACUGUUCCUCCUUUAUGGAGCUUUACAGCCAUUAGUCUCUAUGAACUGUUGUUUUAUGGCACGAACUGCGUAAGGUUUCUUAAACUAUUGUGUUGCCACAUGAAAAUAACAGCAUAAGGGUUUGGAAUGACAUGAGGGUAAGUAAAAAGUGACAGAAUUUUCAUUGGUGGGUGAACUGUUCCUUUAAGAAACACAAUACUAUGGGGAACCUCGCUGUAUUUUGAAUAGCUUUGAUUUUGACCAGCAAAAAGCCGAAAUGUUUUUGUAGUCGGUUUACUUGUGUACAGUAUGUAUAUCCUCAGGCACGGCAAAGGCUGAUGGGAAUCUGACCAUGCACACACACACACACACACACACUACUACACAUGGUACUACUAUAGACAUCCACACAGUAGUUAUUGUUUGUUAUGAUGACUGUAAUUUUAGCUCUUGAGUUCUUGUUUUCUGUUUGCUGUUUUCCAGCUUUUCAUUUCUUUGGAAUAAAAUAUGCAAGUUGUUUU